GGCUUGCCACAUUCGGGCACUGCACUAACAUGGUCAACACGAGCGUUUCCUUAUUUCAGUACGAGCGCUUCUGCAGCGAGUGGAGCUCCAGAGGAAAUACCGUCCGUGAAACAGACACGACACUUCUUUUUGACGGAUCUGUGCCAGAUAUGGAUCAAAAGCUAAACUCAGUAUGAGAAAUAUACAGUAGCCCAUAGCUUUCCUUUGGACAUUCACAGACAGAGGACAACGAAGAGAGAGAGAGAGAGAGAGAGACAGCAGCAUGGCUGUCUUCAAGCUUGAUAAUGUUGAAGACCUUUAUGAAAUUGGAAAUGUUUUGGGAAGUGGUCACUUCGGGCAGGUGCGUGAAGCGCGGGAGCGGGCCACUGGCGCUCUGUGGGCAGGGAAGUUCCUGAAGCUGAAGCGAGGUGCAGGAAGCAGGCUGGGCCUGGAGAGAAAGAGUGUGGAGAAGGAGGUGGAGAUCCUACAGAGCCUUCAACAUCAAAACAUCAUGGCUCUCAAAGAUGUUUUCGAGAGCAGGGCAGAGGUGGUCCUCAUCAUUGAGCUCAUAAAGGGUGGAGAACUCUUUGAUUUCAUUGCUGAGAAAGAAAACCUCACCGAGACGGAGGCCAUUGAGUUUAUGAAGCAGAUUCUGGAAGGUGUCCACUACAUGCACCAAAAGAACAUUGGCCAUUUUGACCUGAAGCCGGAAAACAUCAUGUUGUCGGACAAGCACGCUCCCAAGCCAGACAUCAAGAUCAUUGAUUUCGGCAUGGCUCAUCGCUUCAUUCAAGGAGAAGAGUAUAAAAGUUUAGGUGGAACCCCUCAGUAUAUAGCUCCUGAGAUCAUCAACUACGAGCCUCUCGGUACAGCAGCAGAUAUGUGGAGUAUUGGUGUCAUCACCUACAUUUUUUUGAGUGGCCUGUCACCAUUCCAAGGGGAGACAGAUGAAGAGACGCUGAGGAACAUCGUGGCAAUGAAUUAUGAGUUUGAACCUCACCACUUCAGCCAAACCAGCAACAUGGCCAAAGACUUCAUCCAGAAACUACUAGUUAAAGACCAGAGUGAAAGAAUGACAGCAGAAGACUGUCUCUUUCAUCCCUGGAUUAAGCCUCUCAAUAGAACUCAAAUAGCUAAGAGGAACCGCUCCUCCAUCAACAUGAAAAACUUUAAGAAGUUCAAUGCGAGGAGGAAAUGGAAGAUGUCCUUUAACAUGGUUUCGGCUUGUAAUCGGUUUUGUCAACUGCAGUUACUGUGUAAGGCCCGCGGUCCGGAGCAGCAAGAACUGAGAGACUGUGAGAGCGAUCAGGAGGACACAGGCACAAAACCUGCGUCUCUCUUACGCAGACGUCUUAGUAGCAGUUCAUAAAUCUCACCGGUAGAGGGAGUCACAACCACAAGCAUCUCCCUGUACCGAGGCGGCAGCGCUCAUUCAAUCUGCAGUACUUUGUAGUGCCAAGAUGCCAAGAGGGGGAGACAGAGGCCGCAAUCCACAGGAUCUCUUCUCUCAUUCAAAGGCCUUGAACCUCAGUGUAUGCGAUUGCCCAACCACCAGCUACACAUCCAGUUACAAUGGAUGACAUCAUCUGAAAGAAGGAUGGGGCCAUGGGGUCAAUGUGGUUUUCUAUACUAAUAUGCAAGCAUGUUCAUAGAGUUCUACCUCUGACAGACUGAGUGUGAUUCUUUUACCUGAAGUGCUGUUGACAGGAGGGUCAGGUGUCUUGAAGGAGGUUCCUACGACAUUAAGUUUACCUUGAACUAUUUUUUUUUCUACUUCAGAUUUCAGUGGGAUUGCAAAGUUACUAUAGGGACCAUCUAUGUAGUUAAGCUAUAUAUACUACUGUUCAAAAGUUUUGGGAUUUUUUUUUUUUAAUGCUUUUUUUAUUCAUCAAGGAUCGAUUAAAUUUAUCGAAAGUGCAUCAAGGAUCUUGCAACAAUCUUGCCGAUCCCAAACUUUUGAACGGUAGUGUGUGUGUGUGUUUAUAUAUAUAUAUAUUAGGGGUGUAACGGUACACAAAGCUCACGGUUCGGUACGUACCUCGGUUUUGAAGUCACGGUUCGGUACGGAUUCGGUACAGCAGGUGGGGAGAAAACUAAACAUAAAAUUGCUUUUUUUAUUAUUAUACAAUAGUUUACUAAACAAAUUGUGUCUCUGUCUUUAAAUAUAUUAAAUUAAAUUAAAACUAAAUGUUUGUUAAGGAUAAAAAAAAAAUAUCUCUGCUAAUGCUAUAAACUAUGUUGGGAGCCCUUAAUUGAACAUUGGGAUACUAUAAUAUUAAAGGUUAACAACAGAGCCCAAACUAUUAGCCUAAAUUCAGUCGCUAUUUAUUUUUUAGAUAUAAUAAUCAACACUGUAAUAACAAAUUGUAUGCAAACCUGUAAGCUGCACAUAAGGCAGUUUUUGCAUUAGCUUCAAAAUCUAAUUAUAAAAUUUUACUCCAAUUCGUUGUUGAAAUACGAUCAUUUAUACACAGUAGAUGUGAUUUUCAUGACAGAUUUAUUUAACAUACAUUAAAUAAUCAAGACAUCACUAACAGGUUAAGUAAAAUAUAUAGGGUAAUACAGUGCAUAUAUUAAGCGAAAGAGUUUUUCUCUGGCGAACUAACAAGCUGUGGACACUGAAUGGCUUUUCUGAGGUAAAUGCUACAUGACAUAUUGUUUACAAGCUGUUGUGAUGUCUUUCCGCCGUUGAAAGACUGAGCGAUUACACGAGAUAUGACUGUUUCAGUAAGUUAUACUGUAUCUUUUAACAUACCUUCAGAUGUUCAUUCAUGUUUAUUCUGUAACUAGUAUUAAAGAGGAAGAGAUGAUCGCUUUCACUCUCACUCUGCGCUGCCGUUUGAACUGAGGCGCCUGUACAGAGAUCUGUCACGCCACAUUAAAGAGCGCCAAAACGGCAUUUUCUGUUUGAAUUUCGUGGACAGAAUUUGAAGGAUGACACUUUGUUUCUUAUCAAAAGUAACAAAACGCAGAGCUUAAUGCGAUUAUUGGUGGUUAAUGGUGGUUAGGCUACAACGCUGUAUUCGUCGUGUACUGCUUUCGUCUUAUUCACCUGUCUUUGUCCGUUGUCGUAAUUCACCGGGAAACGUAAUGCAUUCGGUACACACGUGCACCAUACCGAAAGCCCUGUACCGAAACGGUUCGGUACGAAUACGUGUACCGUUACACCCCUAAUAUAUAUAUAUAUAUAUACACACACACACACACACACACACACACACACACACAAUAAAGUCACAGCCCCAUUUAUACCUGGUAUUAACAUCCAUUCAGCAACUUGCAAUAGGAGUUCAAAAGAAAGGUCUCUGAUUUCAUGACUAUGUGCAUCACUUUCUAUGUCAGUGUGUUACUGCAUGUUGAUAAAGCACAACACGUUUAAAAAAAAGAGCACACAAAAUGAUGCAGAUUACUUGGACUUUAAGCUAACCAGAUUUUUUUUUUUUUUUUGAUAAAAAUUAUUACUUAUUUAAAAGGGGCGAAAUGAAUUUUGAAUUUUAAACCCUUGUUUAAACACAAUGAUGGUAGACGAUCCUUUUAACGUUUACACUACAAAUGCAACAUGGUCCCGUGUGUUUCUGACUACCUCUGAAUAUGGCUUGAGUGAGUGAACCGAUCAUGAAACCUUUUGCACAUCAUUUAGUACAGACCACAUGUGAUUGAAUCAACCAAGAUGGAUCUUAAAACCAGGUGUAAACGAGGUCAUAGUUUACUAAAGAAAAACAAACAAACCAAAUUAUAAGAAAAGACUUUUGGGCUGAGUGCCUUGAUCUAUUCUAGACCAAUACAUGUUCUCCUGUCCUGAAUUAGACUACCAGUGACCAAACCGUAUUCCCUAUAUUGAUACCUUGGUAUUGUUCAGAUUCAACCAGCUGCCUUUUUUCUCUACAUGGCUGAAAUAUUGCAUGAGUGCUGGCGUGUCUGACGCCUUUAAUACCUAGUAGGCAUCUUCAGUGCGGUCAUCUCUGAGCAAUGAUGGUAUUCAUUUAUGACAUGAACAGAUAUAUACAGCUGUUAUAAAUUGUGUUUGACAUGUAAAGCAGUUAACAAUUUUACAACUUAUUGACUUUACUCAGUGAGUGUGUGAUCAACAGAGAUUUCGUGUGAAGAGCCACUUUAAAUGUACUUGAAUUGUGUCAUGCGGUGUUGAGCUUUAUGAAACGCUGCUUGAAUUAUUCUAGACACUAAUUGUUGCCUUUACUGUCAUUCUCAAGAAACUAUAUUUAUAUAUAUAACUAACUAAAAACUAUAUAUAUAAGUUAAUUGUUGAUAGUGCUUAACUAAUAUUUUUAUUUUAUAUAUAUAUAUAUAUAUAUAUAUAUAUAUAUACACAUUAGUCUUUUUCAAAGGUCUUCCUUGUAGGUUUAAAAUCACUGUUCAGUUUGAGAAGUCUUCCAUUAUCCAGACAUUAGCUACAACACUUUACCCUCUUACACUCUUGCCUAUAGAACUUGUCAUGUGAAUAUUGCACAAAUUGAUAUUAUAUACUUGCAAGAAUGUUACCGUGUCUUCUGUUAUGUAACAUUUGCCUGAGUGUUGUAACAUCACAGUUUAAUGUAUCAAAUAUGUCAACAGACCACUGUUUGUAUCAGUAACCUUUAUUUUUUGUUAUGUUUAUUUAUGUUUUUAAAUGGAGCAUGUCAGAUUAGUGAGUGUGAUUUUUGUUUUCUCUAUAUCAAAUUUUCUUAUGCAGUAUUUGUGUGUUUCGUUUGCUUGUGAAUUUGCAAUUGUAUAAUGAUUUGGUGUGUGUUUUUUUUUUUUUUUAUAUAUAAUUUGAUAAUAUUGUUUUAGCUAUAUAAAAAAUGUCAUUGAGUAAUUUGGUGCAUGCGUUUUUUUCCUAUACAAUUUUAAUGUAUGUCCUGGUUUGUUUUGAUACUGCUUUGUGUAAAUUAAAAGCAGUUUGUCCUUUAA